AUGGAUUCCCAACAAUCAGCUUCUGGUGUUGAUAUUAAGAACAAGAACGGCAAUCUUACCGCUCCCACACCUCAAAAUACACCUAUCAAUCCUGCUCCCAUUACUUCAACCUACCGCCCUUCUGUCCCUGCUAUUUCUGAAGACAUGGAGACCAUUAAUGUCAAGGGCUCAGCUGAUAAUGAUUCUGGCUUGGCUGGUGCAUUCACGGGUAAUCCUGCUCUCUUGAGCAUGCUUCAAGGCAAGUUGGGAACUUUGGUGGGUCGUCCUUCUGGAUACAUUGAGUCAUUGCCUACUUCUGUUAAGCGUCGUAUUAAUGGUCUCAAGUUCCUUCAAUCUAAGCACUCUGAACUCGAAAACAAGUUUCAAGAAGAAGUCUUGGCCUUAGAAAAGAAAUAUCUUGAAUUGUAUCGACCUUUGUAUGAACAACGUGCUCAAGUCAUUCGUGGUGAUUAUGAACCCACCGAUGAAGAAGUCGCUUUGGGUGAAAAGAUUGACGAGGAAGAGGAAGAGGAAGAAGUAUCAGAAAAGAAGGAGCAACCAACAGAAGCUGAAGAUAAGGACGUAAAGGGUAUCCCUGAAUUCUGGUUGACUCUUUUGAAGAACCACCCUCAAAUUGUUGAGACAAUCACAGAAGAGGACGAAGGUGCUUUGAAACACUUGGUUGAUGUCCGCAUGUCAUACAUGGAACAACCUGGCUUCAAGCUUGAAUUUGAAUUCUCAGAGAACGACUAUUUCACUAACAAGGUGCUUACCAAGACAUACUUUUACCAAGACCAUGCUUACGGUGGUGAUUUUGUCUAUGAUCACGCUGAAGGUUGUACUGUUGAUUGGAAGGAAGGUAAAGAUUUGACUGUUACCGUCGAAACAAAGAAGCAACGUCAUAAGGGUACCAACAAGACUCGCGUUGUAAAGCGUACUGUUCCUUCAAACUCUUUCUUCUACUUCUUCAGUCCUCCUACUAUCCCUGAUGAAGAAGAAGAAAUUGACGAAGAAGAAGCUGAAGGCUUGGAUGCCAAGUUGGAAGCUGAUUAUGAAAUGGGUGAAGAAUUCAAGGAUAAAAUCAUCCCACAUGCUGUUGACUAUUUUACUGGCAAGGCUCUUCAAUAUGAAGACUAUGAUGAUGAAGACUAUGAUGACUUUUAUGAAGAUGAAGAUGAAGAUGAUGAAGAUGAUGAGGAAGACGAUGAGGAUGCUGACGAUGCUGACGAUGCUGCUGUUUCUUCCAAGGGUGAAAAUGCACCUGAAUGCAAACAAUCCUAA